AUGACCAGCGCCGUCAGCGAUACAGACACACAAGAAGCCAACCAACAGCAGGAGACCGACAACACGCAGGCGCCCCCACGGACUCAGCAGCGGCCCCCCUGGGAAACAGCUGGAUGGGGAGGCCUCCCACGCAGCAGCCGUGCCACACACCCCACACCCCAGGAGGACGGCCACACAGCCUUCCCCUCUGCAGGGCACGGGCCGGGAUGGGGCCUCCGUUUCGAAGGCGAGCAACGCCAACGAGCCGAGCGGCACAUGGGCCCGGGGGACACCCCGCCCCCCUCUACGGACGACGAGUACAGCAGCGACAGCUCCAGCAGUGAGGAAGACCACCCAUGGAAUGAGCACACGCCGAACACUGGCACACAGGCAGGGGGACACUACGGCGAAAAAGCGGCCAACAAGGCCAAGGAGGACUGGAAAGACCUCCUCAACAGACCAGACCACCAGCCAGACGAGCCAACAGCCGCGGGGGACGAGUUCCGAUGGCCUCCCGAGCUACCCACCACAGCCAAUAACCAAUACCAGGUUUACCCCCUCACCAACGACUGCUGGGAAAUUGCGGUACAGUACAACCCCGACUUCGUUCCGCCUUUUGGGGGGACGUCUCCGCCAACUGCCCCUUACUCUCUGCACGUCAUUGUGGCAGGAGACCGAGGCCCACUUGACAGGGCACCUGGCUUCAGUGCUGGAACGAGACUCAGGCUAUGUCCGAUCGACGGGACCAAGCUGUGGUAUGUCUUCGUCAUCGAGACACCGCCGGUCGACAUGACCGAACCAUCGUGCUUCCUCCUCACAACGGGGGAUAAGCUUGCCAUACAACCGGGCAGAGCAGGGAGAUGGGAAAUUGAGCUUUCCCAAGAGAGCACGACCCCACCCGAUGAUGUAGCAGAGGCCAACGCCCCGACGACAGAGCAACAACCAGCCUCCGUGGUUGCUGACACACCACCUGCAGCCAUGCCACCGAGUACACCAGCCACCCUGCCGGCCACCAACAACACCACUGUGCCGCUCCCAGGAGUUGGUGGGGAAGACGUUGCAGGGGCGGCUCCUGAACCCCUCCCGGGGACCUCUUCUCCUGAGCCUAAACCGCAGUGGCAGAAGUUGGAAUGCCACCUGAUUGCCAUCCGCAGACUGGCUGAACACCUCCCAGCAGGGGGGACCACCAUCGUUCAUGUGAUGGAUAGUGCCCUAGCAGACCUACUCAUGGACAGCGAAGCAGAAAGACACCUAGAACAGAACCUAGGGGCGCUUUUGGGACAAAGCCAUGGCUCCGGGGGGAACCGGCCCCGACGCAGACGCUGGACGACCCAGGAGGCCAUCAUGCACCUGUCCGACGUCGCAAGAGCACAGUUGUCGUCGCGGGGAAGGCCAGAGCAAGUCCUAUCGCUGUUGCCCUGCGUCGAUGCCAUCAUAGCCUGGCUGCAACGCAUCACGGGGGACACGCUCGCGGACAGGAAUAUGCCAGAACUCAUGGCAAUGCUUCGGGAAGCCCUCCAGGCCAUCACCACGGGGGAAGCCACCCUGGAACACUGGCGAACAGUCCUCGGGGUAGGUGACAGCCUCCGAUCCCUCUUCGAGAUGACGCACGGCUGGGAGCGCCCCCUCGACGACUAUGUCACCACAGAACCAAGCCAGGGGGAUAACAGUCACAGCGAGCUGCAGCCGGGGGACUAUGCCAUGAUCCUGGAGAACCUGGCGGCGUCACUUCUGCACUGGUCGGCAGGGGAACAGAUUGAGAUGCAGGCCAACCUCCUGAACCUCCUCCACACUGUCUCCGCAGUAGUCGCCCAAGGAGAUAUACAGAUGAGUAGCGGGGAACAACAGCCCGGAGAACAAGGGGGACGUCGGAGUGCGGUGGCUGCGUCCUCGUCGGAGCCCAACAAAGACUGGUGGCUACAUGAACGCCAUCACGGACUGGGAGAUGUUGCCCGCAGUCCGUACUCAGCCGAACCCAGCCUGGCUGCGAGCCGUGCGGGGGACGAUACACAGAUGCACACCGACACGGAGGAGAACCCGUCACAAGAGGAGGGGAACGACUCUGACGCUUCCCACCGACGGCGACGAGCUUUGGGGGAGCACAGCAAGGACUACUUCUGA